CCGUUAUUAUGCACAUUCCUCGACUUAGCUAUCAAUUCAUUCAUAAAGAAAUAAAAACAAAAGAGAAGCACGAACAGUAACUUUAGAAGAUCGAUCAUCAUCAAUGGCUGUCCAAGUUUAUAUUGUGUACUACUCUAUGUACGGGCAUGUGGAGAGAUUAGCAGAAGAAAUAAAGAAAGGAGCUGAUUCGGUGGAAGGCGUUGAGGCCAAACUAUGGCAGGUAGCUGAGAUAUUGCCAGAAGAGGUUCUUGGCAAAAUGGGAGCACCACCAAAGAGUGACGUACCAAUCAUUACCCCUAAUGAGCUCUCUGAGGCUGAUGGGUUUGUCUUUGGCUUCCCAACAAGAUUUGGAAUGAUGGCUGCUCAGUUCAAAGCUUUUAUAGAUGCAACUGGAGGUUUGUGGAAAACACAACAACUUGCAGGGAAGCCGGCUGGAAUCUUCUAUAGCACUAGUUCCCAGGGUGGUGGACAAGAGACUACAGCGCUGACUGCUAUAACUCAGUUGGUUCAUCAUGGAAUGCUAUUUGUUCCAAUUGGAUACACAUUUGGUGCUGGAAUGUUUGAGAUGGAGGAACUCAAAGGUGGAAGCCCAUAUGGUUCAGGAACUUAUGCUGGUGAUGGUUCAAGACAGCCAACUAAGCUUGAACUGGAGCAAGCAUUCCACCAAGGCAAGUAUAUUGCCGGCAUCACAAAGAAGCUCAAGGAAGCUGCAUAAUGUUGAAUCAAUUAAGAUUUAGAAUUAAAUAUAUGUUUGAGAAUCGUUCAUUAUAUUUUAGUCCUAGAAUGUUCUGAGUUCUGUUUCUUUAGGUGCUUGCAUGUUAUAGUUUUCUUAUCUUUCAAAAAGAAAAUACUAUGUAUUGAGUUAUAUUUUUAUGUUACACUACGGUGUAGUGAUUAUUGAAAUUUAUUGAAUAAAGGAAGUUUGUUUUGUCUUGUC